CUCUCUCUCUCUCUCUCUCUCUCUCUGCCUCUGCGGCUCUGCGUCUUAUCUCUCCGCCCGCCUCUGCCUCUCCCGUGGCCUUCCUCUCCUGGCGGCGCCGACUGGGCGACCCGCGGCGCUCUUCGGCACCCCUUACCCGGCGACGGCCGCCCACCAGCUGGUAGACUGAAGCCCUGCAGUUAACCCAGGAAACAUUGAAUGGCACUGGUACAGUUCAGCGGCGCCUUGGUUCCCCAGCUCGGUGAAAAGCCUCGGCUGCCACCCGCGUCGCCUGCGGUCGCAAGGGCUGCCUAUGCUGCUGAUGCAAGAUUCCUGGCACCAAAAAAUGGUACAAGAGGCAGAGGUAAACACCUGGUGUCAUCUAGUUAUAGUUUGCAUUCACAGACCUCGUCCGAACGACUAAACCAUGUCCCAUCAUCAAGAUUUCGCCAGAAAAGGGGUUCACGUUUCAUUGUCAGAGCUGAAGCUGAUUUCUAUUCCGUACUUGGUGUCUCAAGAAAUGCUAGUAAAUCUGAAAUCAAGAGUGCCUACCGGAAGCUUGCUAGGAGCUAUCAUCCUGAUGUGAACAAAGAUCCUGGUGCUGAACAAAAGUUCAAGGAUAUCAGCAAUGCUUAUGAGGUUUUGUCUGAUGAUGAGAAGCGAGCAAUCUAUGAUAAAUAUGGAGAAGCAGGUCUGAAGGGCGCUGGCAUGGGAACAGGAGAUUACUCAAACCCGUUCGAUCUCUUUGAGUCACUGUUUGAAGGGUUUGGUGGAAUGGGUGGAAUGGGCGGCGGUCGUGCUGCUCGGAACAGACCAAUGCAAGGUGAUGAUGAGACCUACAAUCUGGUACUCAAUUUCAAGGAAGCAGUGUUUGGUGUAGAGAAAGAGAUUGAGAUAACCAGACUGGAAGGAUGUACUACCUGUGAUGGAACUGGUGCCAAGCCAGGUACAAAGCCAACGACGUGUAAAACUUGUGGAGGUCAGGGGCAGGUGGUCUCCUCCACAAGAACACCACUUGGAAUUUUCCAGCAAGUCUCCACCUGCAAUACUUGUGGUGGCACUGGCGAAUUCUCCACUCCUUGCAACACCUGUGGGGGUGAUGGCCGAGUGCGAAGGACGAAGAGGAUCAGUCUGAAGGUUCCUGCUGGAGUGGAUUCUGGAAGCAGGCUGAGGGUCCGGUCUGAGGGUAAUUCUGGCCGGAGAGGAGGCCCUCCUGGGGACCUUUAUGUCUUCAUUGAUGUCCUCUCAGAUCCUGUUCUUAAGAGAGAUGGGACAAACAUUCUCUACACAUGCAAGGUUUCUUACAUUGAUGCAAUCCUUGGGACAACCGUCAAAGUCCCCACUGUUGAUGGAAUGGUUGACCUUAAGAUACCCUCAGGGACUCAGCCGGGCACAACUCUGGUGAUGUCCAAGAAAGGUGUUCCCCUUCUUGGGAAGUCAAAUGCUCGUGGAGACCAGCUGGUGCGAGUCCAGGUUGAGAUUCCGAAACGUCUGAGCAGUGAUGAGAGGAAGCUGAUUGAGGAGCUUGCAGACCUAAACAAAGCUCAAACAGCCAAUAGCAGGAGAUGAUUAUUUCACAAGGCUUGGUAGGACACCCUGCUUGUGCGAUAGGCAAUUUUGAUGCAAACUGCAGUGAUGAAAAUUGAGUUGGUAGUGGUAAACACUUCUGCAAACUACAUACAGCAUGGGGUGCACUGGAGCAAAAUGUGUCAUGCCAUAUAUGUAACCUCAUCUUUAAGCUAUUGAAAGUUUUGAGUCACUGCAAGCAAAACACCAAAUGAACUGGAUGUUUUGCAAUAGCUCUAGGCAAGUUUAUUAGCCAUUUUUUAUUAUACGGCUUUUGCAUUCUUGAAAGUCUUAGGCUAAAUCUCUGAUGGUGGGAACAGGCAUAAGCUUAAUGUUUCUUGCAGAAAUGCUGCACCAUUCCUGGUGUUUGUAAGCUGUAGCAUGGAAAUGUAACUGUAGUUUUUACGAUUUAUGAUGCGUUGGGUAUUUA